AUGUCCGAGUCAAGACAACAAGUAUACAAAGCCCUCAAAACAUCGCGCGAGAAAUCACUACGACCUAUUUUAACACUUCUCAAUGGAGACGCAAGCUGGCUUAUGUCGUUUCCCCGUCCCAAAGCCGAGCGGGCUUCAACGGGGAAAGCAUAUUUCCACGUCGUGUAUGAACCAUGGCUACAAGGCGACACAUCCCUGUUCUACAGCUGGUUCUUCAAUAUUGCGCUAAGCGACAAGGCGGCGGUGACUGACGUUCAAGGCAUUGAGGAUAUCAUUGCUGAGAUUGAACAAGCUGCUUCAUGUCAUAUGCCGACAGACCACUCGCAAACCACCACGGAAGAUGACGGCUACCAGGGAAAUAUUGGUGUUAUCAUCCUUGCUUUCCAUUAUCUGGACCAUGUGCACGAGCCAACUCUUCGAACUUUUGAUCCAAAUAUUCCUAUUGUCGCGACACCUGAAGCAGCCGCUGUCAUCAGGCCAUGGAACCAUUUUAAGACCAUCUCUUUGAGCCACGAUUUGGACAGUUCAGCCAAGACAUGGCGCUCACCAGAACUCCAUCCAGAUCACCUUCCCGACUGGUUGACCAUCAUUCGUCUACCAGGCCACACCAUUCUAAACUUUUGCACCGCCCUGGUCUGGACUCACGAAGACGUGCACGAAACCAUACUCCUCUCGCCGCACGGUACGCACCUCGACCAAGGCCCUCUAGAUGCAUUUUUGAAAGCGGAGCCAGAAACAGAAAUUCUGACACUUCUGCAUGGCCUCAAAGAGAAAAAAUUGGGGGUAGCAAGAGCUGGAUUCUAA